AUGACCUGCCAGGCCUUCAGCAGUACGGACUCUUUCACUACGCUGAGUGGAGACUCUGCCCUGCCACUGCUCAUGCACCACCCUGGAGCUGCUGACUGCCUACCCGUCACUAGCCACACCACCAACAUGGUGCAGCCAGUUCCCUCGGGUCUGCCCCUCGUCCAGUCGUCCAAGCGCUCUCACAUGCAUCUGUCUACGUCUGCCCUCAGCAACGCAUCGGCCGGCCUGCACUACUCAAUGCCCCCAUGUCACUAUAGCAACCAGCAGACCACCUACGGCAUGAUGGCAGGUGCCUUGGCUCCAUGCCUGUAUAAGUUCCCUGAGCAUGGUCUGGGUGGGGGCUCGUGUACUCUGUCCCACAGCUUCCCCCCAUUGCCCCAGGCCCUUUUCACAGACGAACCCAGCCUAGGGGAUAUAAAGCAGGAGCUGCGCAGGAAGAGCCGCCCCCCGGAGGAGCCCCCCGACAUGGAUUCACCCCAGAUCCGUGAGCUGGAGAAGUUUGCCAAUGACUUCAAGCUGAGGAGGAUCAAACUGGGUUACACUCAGACUAAUGUUGGAGAGGCUCUGGCAGCUGUGCAUGGCUCUGAGUUCAGUCAGACCACCAUCUGCCGCUUUGAGAACCUGCAGCUAAGUUUCAAGAAUGCGUGCAAGCUCAAGUCCAUCCUGGCUAAGUGGCUGGAAGAGGCUGAGCAGGCUGGAGCUCUGUUUAAUGAGAAAAUGGGGAUGCAGGAGCGGAAACGGAAACGAAGAACAACCAUCAGUCUGGGGGCUAAGGAAGCACUGGAGAGGAACUUUGUGGAGAAGAGUAAGCCGUCGUCACAGGAGAUUGUGCGCAUGGCGGAGGGGCUUCACUUAGAGAAGGAAGUGGUUCGGGUUUGGUUCUGCAAUCGCAGACAGAGAGAGAAGAGAGUGAAAACCAGUCUACACCACAGCUCACUCAUGGCCAAGGAAACUCCAGCCUGCAGGUAGACCUGCUACAUGUUCAUUUAAAGGCUGUUCUGCUCAGGCCCAAGUACGUCUUCAAACCACAGACAAUCCAAGCAAUGUCACUGACAAUAAGGUUGGACUAAUAAGUUCUCGUUCACCAGCAGGAGCGUGUGUUGUACUGUGUGUUGUAUGUAUAAAAAAAGUAAUACAAUGUAAGCUGUAAAAGAUUUUAAUAUGACUAUCAUAACAUUUUCGUAUCAUUUAUUUUUCUGAAGGAGUUCUCCUUUUUCAUUCUGAGUGCUACUUAUCUUACUAAGAAAUCUUUUUUAUUCCACCAAAUGCCUGAAAAAUAAUUUUUUAAAUGAAUGUUCAAAUGUUAUUUGAGGUAAUAUAUUCAGAUCAGAACAUUUUGGAAUAAAACAUAAUUUAAAUGUAAUAUAUUGAUUCACAAUAAAGCAAAAUUGUGAAAAAUUGUUUUGUCAUUGUAUAGUCACUGUAGCAAACAAAAGAAAAUCAUUUAAAAAAAACUGUUGUGAGGUUUGGUCAUAACACUCUCCUUAUCACCUUUAACAAACACAAAAUAAAUACAGAAGCACAGAUGGUGGCAUUGUCAUUGCAGAAAAUAGAAAGGGAUAAAUGUGUGGUAGUCAGUGGAAUUCAGUACUUUAUACAGAACAAUCACACCUGCAAGUCUAACAACCACAUGGUACAGGAAAGGAGAGCAAGCAAACGCACGCAACAAAGUUGUGGAGGGACGUUUGUAUCCCAAACGUAGGAGGCAAAUGCUAAUUUACUACUCCAGGUGUGUGGCACAUGCUGCUCUGCCCUGUCCCUGCUGGGUUUUACUGUGGAAUAUUUAUUGUAUCACUCUAGUCCUGAGUGUAGGAAUACA